AGUCAAAACCAAAUUCUCAGGAGUUUUAACUUUUUCCCACCUCGAUCCAUCUAACAUUUUCUACGCAAAAAAAAAAAAAAAUGUAAUUUUCCAUGCAACAGUUAUUUUCCUCCCCAAAAAAUUUCUAUAUAAAGCGACCACUCCUCUCAUUCAAAAUUAUCAAACACAGCAAACACUUCUUUCCUAACUAAUCAAGAAAGCUUUGAACAAAAUGGCGCCGGAAAUCAUGAACCGUCCCUUGAACCGGGGUGCCUCCGGUCUGGCGAAGGCCGGAAGCCUGCCGAGCCGUGCUUACGUGACGUUCCUUGCCGGGAACGGCGACUAUGUGAAGGGCGUGGUGGGGCUGGCCAAGGGCCUCAGGAAGGUUAACACCAUCUACCCCCUCGUCGUGGCCGUGCUCCCCGACGUCCCCGCCGACCACCGCCGCAUACUGGUGGACCAAGGCUGCAUCGUCCGUGAGAUCGAGCCGGUCUAUCCGCCGGAGAACCAGACGCAGUUCGCCAUGGCCUACUACGUCAUCAACUACUCCAAGCUCCGCAUUUGGGAGUUUGUGGAGUACAGCAAGAUGAUCUACUUGGACGGAGAUAUUCAGGUGUUCGAGAACAUCGACCAUCUCUUCGACAUGGAUAACGGCUACUUUUACGCCGUGAUGGACUGCUUCUGCGAGAAGACGUGGAGCCACACGCCGCAGUUCCAGAUCGGCUACUGCCAGCAGAGCCCGGACCGGGCCCGCUGGCCCGAGUCCCUCGGCCCGAAGCCGCCCAAGUACUUCAACGCCGGAAUGUUCGUCUACGAGCCGAGCCUGCCGACCUACCACGACCUGCUGCAGACGCUGAAGAUCACGCCGGCCACUCCCUUCGCCGAGCAGGACUUCCUCAACAUGUUCUUCCGCGACGUCUACCGCCCCAUCCCCAACGUCUACAACCUCGUGCUGGCCAUGCUCUGGCGCCACCCCGAGAACGUGCGCCUCGCCGAGGUCAAGGUGGUGCACUACUGCGCCGCCGGAUCCAAGCCGUGGCGCUACACCGGCGAGGAGGAGAACAUGGACCGCGACGACAUCAAGAUGGUGGUCGAUAAGUGGUGGGACAUCUACAACGACGACACGCUCGACUACAAGGGCGAGGUCGCCGCCGCUGAACAGUUUCCGGCGUCGAUUCCGGUGAGCGGCGUGGCUCGUUUUGUUCCCGCCCCUUCCGCCGCCUAGGCGUUGCAUUCCUGUCUCGGCUUGCGAAUAUUUUUUUUUCUUUUUCUUUUAUUUGGGUUUUUGGAGUGUGGAAUUAUAGUGGGCCUCAAAUAUUAGAAUGAGGCCCACCAGGAAAUUACACCGGUAAUGCCUGCAUGUAUUUUCUUUUUUGAUUUUACUCCUUCCGGUGAUUGGUCGAGUAUGUGACGAUCUCACCUGUGUUGUAAUUAGUUCAAAUAUAUAUAAUACAUACAGAUACAGUUAUCGCUA